ACAGGGAUGCAGACCCUGGCUGGCCAGGUGCUAACAUUUCAAUGAUAAAAUAGAUAAGCCACCUGGAGACCGGCGCACCUCAGGGGUGGGGCCCAGUUCAGGCCCCUCCCUCGUCUGUCCCGCCCAGGCCUCGACUCCAGAUUUGAAGCCACCGGAGCCACGCCCCCCGGCGCUGAACGUCGGGGCCAGCGCGGGCCUGGUCUCCCCAUUAUAAUCGCCCCCAAUAGGGGAGAAGCGCAGGCGUCUCACGCAGCCUCUCUGCAGCUUUCAAGCCCUCGUUGGUACUUUCCUCUCUGCCACCCUCGCCUCUCCCGCGCGGCCCCGAGCUGUCCGGCCGGAUGGGUGGGCAGAGGUGGAACGACCCGAGCUCCGCUCCGGAAGGGGCUUAGAGGCAGCACUGUUAACACCCAGAUGGCUUAUAGGGCCGAGCCCCCCGACGGGGGCUGGGGAUGGAUGGUGGUGCUCUCAGCGUUCUUCCAGUCGGCGCUCGUGUUCGGGGUGCUCCGUUCCUUCGGCGUCUUCUUUGUGGAAUUUGUGGCGGCGUUUGAAGAGCCGGCCGCGCGAGUCUCCUGGAUCGCCUCCAUAGGAAUCGCGGUGCAGCAGUUUGGGAGUCCAGUGGGCAGUGCGCUGAGCACCAAGUUCGGUCCCAGGCCUGUGGUGAUGACCGGGGGUAUCCUGGCUGCACUGGGGAUGCUGCUUGCCUCCUUUGCUACCUCCUUAACCCACUUGUACCUGAGUAUUGGGUUGCUCUCAGGAUCUGGCUGGGCCUUGACCUUCACUCCAACCCUGGCCUGCCUGUCCCGUUACUUCUCUCGCCGGCGAUCCCUGGCCACCGGGCUGGCACUGACGGGCGUGGGCCUCUCCUCCUUUGCUUUUGCCCCACUCUUCCAAUGGCUGCUCAACCACUAUGCCUGGCGGGGGGCCCUACUGCUGGUGUCGGCCCUCUCCCUUCACUUGGUGGCCUGCGGUGCUCUUCUCCGUCCACUCUCCCUGGCUGAGGACCCUGUUGUGGGUGGCCCUGGGGCCCAGAUCACCUCCCUCCUGCGUCACGGCCCCUUCCUGCAUUACACCGUUGCCCUCACCCUGAUCAACACUGGCUACUUCAUUCCCUACGUGCACCUGGUGGCCCAUCUUCGGGACCUGGGUUGGGACCCACUGCCCGCUGCCUUCCUCCUCUCGGUGGCGGCUAUUUCUGACCUCGUGGGGCGUGUGGCUUCUGGGUGGCUAGGCGAUGCUGUCCCAGGGCCUGUGGCAAGACUCCUGAUGCUCUGGACCACCCUGACUGGGGUGAUACUGGCCCUGUACCCUGUGGCUGAGGCGCCUACUGGCUUGGUGGCCCUGACUGUGGCCUAUGGCUUCACAUCAGGGGCCCUGACCCCAGUGGCCUUCUCCGUGCUGCCUGAACUGGUGGGGACUGGAAAGAUAUACUGUGGCCUGGGACUGGUACAGAUGGUAGAAAGCAUCGGGGGGCUACUGGGGGCUCCUCUGUCAGGCUACCUCCGGGAUGUGACAGGCAACUACACAGCUUCUUUUGUGGUAGCUGGGGCCUUCCUUCUGGCAGGAAGUGGAGUUCUCAUCACUUUGCCCCACUUCUUCUGCUUCUCAGCUGCUACCUCCAAGCCCCAGGAUCUUGUAACAGAGGCACUGGAUACCAAAGUCCCCCUGCCUGAGGAGGGGCUGGGAGUAGAUUGAACUCCAAGAAGGGGCAGACAGACCCACAAAACAAGAGGUUGGUGGCUCCAGGUCUUCUCCUGCCCCAUCUUGGCACCCACAGAACCACAAUGCCUUAAGCAUCUUGAUCUGCCCCCCUUCCCCGCCCCUCAGAGCAGGCGUGGGGCUCCUGCAGUGUGUGUGCCAACCCUUUGUAUUUUCUCGAGGAUUCUUGUCUGUUUGCUCCCACAACCUUUUCUGAAGGAUCCAGGAGUUCAGCCUGCUCCACUGAGCUGUGAAUCAACUGUGGAAAAUCAAAAGCCAAGAUACUUAUCAAAUUCUUUUUACAUGUGAUCUCUAGUGUUGCCCUCCUUGGAAAAAAAAUCUGUCUUUGGGAUAAAACUGAAUAAGAAAACUGGA